AUGGUUGGAACUCAACAAUUUCAAAAUGAUCUGAAUUAUCAAGAAUUAAUUUCAAGAACGAAUAUAUAUUACUUAAAUCCAAUAUCAAAUAAUCAACCACGACAAAUUCCAAUAUCAAACAUUGACAAUGGAUUUUCAUUAAAAAGUGAAGAUAUUAAAAUAAUAAUUCAUGGAUGGAAAGCAAAUCCAAAUCAUGUUUCUAUAGCACCAUUAAAAUAUGCAUAUUUAGCAAAAGGACAUAAUGGCAUAUUUAUUGCGGAUUGGAAAGAUAUUGGAAGAAUUACAUAUCGUGAAAUUAAGUUUGUUAUUGAACCUCUUUCUAAAAGAUUAGCAGAUCUUUUAGAUAAAUUUAUUCGCAAAAAUAAUAUUUCUGCUGACAAAAUUCAUAUAAUAGGGCAUAGUUUAGGAGCACAUAUCGCAGGUAAAAUUGGAGAAUAUUUUAAUGGAACAAUAGGACGAAUUACAGGACUUGAUCCAGGGAAAUUUUUUCAAAGAAUAAUUGGAGAUGGUUUAGAAUCUAAACAUGCUAAAUUUGUAGAUAUUAUUCAUACAGCAACACCAGGUUUUUCAACAUUACAACAGCAAGGUCAUGUUGAUUUCUAUCCAAAUUUUGGAAAAAUUCCACAACCAGGAUGUGCAAAAUUUGGUUUAUUUAUAGCUGCAUUAUGUAGUCAUUCAAGAGCAACAUUGCUUUAUGCUGAAAGUAUACAACUUCCUCAAAAUUUUCCAUCAUAUUCUUGUUCUUUACAAAAUAUUAUAAACCAAGAUUGUAUUCUAAAGAAUGAUGAAGAUAUGAUAAAAAUGGGAGAAAAUCUUUCGAAUAGCACAAGAGGGUCAUAUUUUCUGCGUACUAAUGAUGCAAGUCCAUUUGGUCUUGGAACUUUCUCAUCUACAUAUUUGAAAUAUAAUUUUUAAUUAGAGAAUGAAUAAAGAAUGCAAUGAAAUCAAUAA